GGGAUACGCACAAGUAGAACCAAUCUCGUAGGCUUUACCUAUUUUUAAUAAAGCCAAUCGGCAUAGAAAUAACACGAGGACUUACGUAUUAUAAUUAUCCCUCGGAUCGGAUUGAUACUCGCAUGAUUGAGACUUUGUCUAGUUAAUCAUUCCUCUCGCACAGUAUGCCGGAGCAUAAAUUAAGCCACUUGUCAGCCUCGAUAGCACGCAAGUCUUCUUUCCCUCACGACCCUGCCGCUAACAUUAAAGCCUCAUGAAAAUGGAAAUCUUCGGAAAUGCCUUGGUUGUUGGUGGAGCCAGCGGUAUCGGAAGGGCUACCGCCAUACUUCUUGCCAAAGACGGCGCCGCUGGAGUAAUGGUCGCAGAUUUAGCAAUCAGCGCGGCAAGGGAUGUUGUGGCCGAGUGUCGUGCCGUCGCUACAAACGCUCGUUUCCACGCCGAGGCAGUCGAGGUCGAUGUGACCCAAGAGGAUUCGGUUCGCCAUGCUCUUGGUCAGAUGGUUCGGAUCUUCGGCCGGAUCGACUACUGUGUGAAUUGCGCCGGGAUCGGAGUUGAGCAGGCAGUUGACAUCGCAGACACGUCGUCGGACGCGUUCCGGCGCUUCCUUGACGUCAAUGCUACAGGGACCUUCCUAGUGACGCGGGAGGCUUCCAUAGUGAUGCGUUCUCAGAAACUCCUGCCCGCUUCGCCAACCUCUCCCGGCCGAGGACCAACAAGAGGCUCCAUCGUUAACCUUGGUUCGGGAUCCUCAUUGAUUGCCUCACCCGGGAUUCUUCCUUAUACUACGUCUAAGCAUGCAGUGCUUGGUUUGACCAAGAACAGCGCUCUUGAUAACGCAGCUUACGGAAUAAGGGUCAACUGUGUCUGCCCGUCCUGGACAGACACCCCCAUGGUGCAGGCUGCCAUAAACGGCACGGAGGAUCUCGCCAAGUUAAUAGCCGCUGCGGUGCCGAUUGGUCGGAUGGCCUUGCCGGAAGAAGUGGCGGACACCGUUGUGUUCUUGUGUAGUCCUAGAUCAAGCUACAUGACCGGCAGCAGCCUGGUUGUCGAUGGCGGAACGACGCUUACGGCGUUGAGAUAGUGCUUACAUGUAGGUCUCAGCGGUAGUGAUAGGUCAGACCGGGUCAGCCUCUGGGGACGCCCGCGUUACGCAUUGAGGCAACACAUCGAGGAUCUACGAUAGCCAUGAAUACAAGAUUGUGUAGGGUCACAUUUCGUGUAUAGAGGCGGCACACUGCUGCAAUACAACCGCCACCAUGAAGAGCC